AUGGGAGAGGAUGGGGUGCAGGCCGAGCGGAGCGGCGCCCACGCUCCGCCGAGCCCCGAGGAGCAGCUGGAGCAGAGCCCCAGCCCGGAGCCCUCGGGCAGCCCCAGCCCGCUGCCUGCAGCGCCGGGAGAGGCGAUCCGGGACGGCUCGCAGGUGAACGCCAUCACCGUGCUCACCCUGCUGGACAAGCUGGUGAACAUGCUGGACUCUGUGCAGGAGAAGCAGCUCAAGAUGGAGCAGCGGCAGAUCGAGCUGGAGGGCUCGGUGAAGGGCAUCCAGGGCGACCUGAGCAAGCUGUGCAAGCACCACACCUCCACCAGCAACGCGGUCAGCAAGCUGCUGGAGAAGUCGCGCAAGGUCAGCGCGCACACCCGCGAGGUGCGGGAGCGCAUGGAGCGCCAGUGCGCGCAGGUCAAGCGGCUGGAGAACAACCACGCGCAGCUGCUACGCCGCAACCACUUCAAGGUGCUCAUCUUCCAGGAGGAAAAUGAGAUUCCUGCCAACGUGUUUGUGAAAGAACCCGUUCCCAGUAUUACAGAAGGAAAGGAAGAGUCUGUGGAUGAGAACAAAACUCUGGAAGAAACCUUGCAUACGGUGGAGCUGUCAUCCGAUGAUGAAAUGCCUCAUGACGAAGAUGGUCUGGAUGACAGCGUAGAGGAAAAAAUGGGAGAAUCAAGAGCUGAGAAGAUAAAAAGAUCAAGCCUCAAGAAAGUGGACAGCCUCAAGAAAGCAUUUUCUCGCCAAAAUAUUGAGAAAAAGAUGAACAAGAUCAGCACAAAAAUUGUCUCAGUUGAACGACGGGAGAAGAUUAAGAAAUCGCUCACUCCACAUCAUCAGAAAUCCUCCUCCUCAAAAAGCUCCUCUUUCAAAGUGUCUCCCCUCACAUUGAACGUGAAGAAAGUCCAUGAAGGAGAGACCCCUGCUGAAAAUGAGGACAAACCAACAGAAACUACAAGCAGUGAGCAGGCAGCGAAUGAGGAGGAGACCUCAUUUACUGAGGGGCUCUUGGAUAUCACACCUCCAACUUCUCUAAUUGAGGAAGGCAAAGCAAUAGCUGAUUCUCUGGAGAAAGAAAGCAGAGAAGGGGACGUGAUGAUAAACAGCAACAUUGAGCUCUCAAUUGUUGAAGAUGAUGAAGAAUAUGGGACAGCACUAGAAGUUUCUAGCCAGAGACUGUAUGAUGAAAUAAACAAACCAACCAGUGGGGAAACAGAACAAUCUGAUGAAGAAUCAACUCAAGCAGCUGUUCUCCAGAUAGACCAAACUGCAUAA